GCAGAUAGCGCCACCGUCGCCACCAGACCCGAGCGGCUCUGCGGUGGUGCGGUGUCUGUGCCGCUGUGAAUAAUAUAUAAUUUUUUUUGUUUAACGUGAUCGUUUCGUUGUUAAUCGUUUAAUUGUCGAGCGGGGUUCGGGUAAGCCUGUUUCACGCUCGGAGCAAUACUUGAACGGGGACAAUGAACCGCCUGCGUGCACUGCAACUCAUUAAAGGCGGUGCCCUCGUCCGGCCGUGUCUCGCGGCGACGCAGGUUUUCGCAGCGCGAACGCUGCGCUUCACGGCCGCCCUGCAGAAGGAGCGGGACGCUGGCUUCCUCAAGAGGUUGUCGAGGCGGAUGGGGUGGCUGGACCACUCCAGGAGCAUUCUCAGAAUGUCUGGAUAUCUGCUGUAUGAAAAUGUAGCCGACAAGGUGGACUAUGCUAGAUUUUUUAAGGAGUUCGACAUGCCGGACACUUUCCUGUCGUGGUUCGUGAUCACGGAGCUGCACUUGUGGAUGCUGAUGGUGCGCAUGACAGCGGAGGGGAAGGAAGGGGAGUUUGUCCGCAACUGCAUGCUGAACGCCCUGUGGGACGAUGCGACCGUCCGGGCAAAGAAACUAGAGCAAGGGAGCCCAGCGGGAGUGCGGGAGCAGCUGAACGUCCUGUCGGAGGAGUUCCACGCGUCGCUGUUCGGCUACGAUGAGGGCCUGCUGAGCGGGGACCGGGUGCUGGCCGGCGCGCUCUGGCGGAGGUUCUUCCAGCUCCAGUGCCGCCACCCGCUCCACCUCGAGAGCCUGGUGCAGUUCGUCCGCCAGCAGGUAAAACUUCUAGAUGGAGUGACAAGAGAGGAGAUUCUUCUUCGUCCCGAUAUCAGGUGGAUUGCCUUUCAAAAGCCAUCCCAAAUGUGAUGGAUUGCCCGUGCCAACAUUGUGAAGAAGAAAGGCUUCCGCAAACUUUGGCGGGCGAGCAACAGACGUUUUCUCUACCGCCUGAAUCUUUGUCUCAACCUGUGUGAAGGCAAGGUGAGCAAAGUUUCAGGUGUGUGAGUGGAACUGUCAGUCUGCGCACGGCAGCUGAAGGAAGAGCUCCGUGCAGCACCGAAGCCAAGGUUGCACAGUCGUGACUCGAGGGAAAGGAGAUCGUCACUCCAUUUGAUCGUCCAGCAAAUCUGGUUAUGUGUUGGGUUUUCAUUUAUACAUACCGCACACCCCCGAUUAUCCGGUUUGCAGAUUAACCAUGCCUUAUUUCACUUUCAUAAACCAUUAGAGCAAAAAUAAUUUUUGACUUUUUAUUUCUGUCCGCGCAAAACGGCAACUUGUGUAGCAUUAAACGCAAUGCAAUGAAUUAGUAAUGCAACAAAUUAAUAAUGUGACCAAACAUCAUCUUGUUUUUCCUCAGUAGCUUGAAAUAUUUUUUUUUUUAAAUAUAUACUAUGUGUGUGUGUCAGUCAUUGAAAUUUAAACUACACUUUAAUAACUAUGACACUAUGAGAUAUCUUUCUGUACGUGUCUCAAUGACCAAAAUGCCCGGUAAGGUAAAGUAUUACUGAUCUAACAUUACUGUUCAGGCAAUAUAAUCACUUAACUGAAAUGAGCGCCAAAUUAAUUUAGUUGUAUCUACCGAAAUCUUCCAAAUGAAUAAUACAAUAUUAAAAGUAAAAUAUUUCAAGAAAAAUAAUGAAAUGUUAAGCAAUUUACAACUAACUAAUUAAUUAGUUGUAUCGAAAAUUAAUGGUUGAUACUUAAAUAAUACGAAAAUUAAAAAAUAAAAUUAAUUUGCCAAACAGUAAUCAACCUCAGUAAACAAAACUAGCUCAUUUAAAAUACAAUAGCACUAAGACUAAUUAAACAAUAAUUGUCAGGACUUCUGAGGGAAAAUACUAAGUUUAUUAGGAAUAGUUGUGCAAUAUACGAAGUUAAUCAAAGUUAAAUUUAAAUUAGGAAUUAUACAAACUUAAACAGAAAUCAAUGAUAAUAUGAAGAAUUUUGGAUACAACUAACCUAUUUCUCAAUAUUAAUCUAUUUCUAACUAAACACACAUAUACCUGAAGCAACAACACAUCAUCACCAUACAUACAUUUGUAUAAAUAUCCAAUUAAUACAAAAUCUUCAAAAUAUUAAUUUCUGUAGUCUUUCAUAGCAGUGAACAGAAGCUGAUGAACUUGAAGAAUAAUGAUUCAGUCCUGUAGUAGUAUACAUUAGAGUUAUUUUAAAAGCAGCGAAUCUUCAUCUAGCUAAUGUUUUUUUUACAAGUUUUAAAUUCACAUUCUUCAAUCUUUAUCCGUAGGGUUGUGCGAUUCCAUGAUUUUCAGUUCGAUUCGAUUCCGAUUCGAUUCUCACCACAAGAGUUGAAAUUCGAUUCCGAUUUCGAUUCUUUGGGUAACUUUAUCUACAUAGUCAUUAGUCUGGUAGGACUAACCAAAAAAAAAUUGCAUUUAUUUUGAACCAUAUGUAUUUAACUUAAAUGAAUAAGAAAUACAAUUCUGGAAGAUGACUGCGGCCCUUAAACUUGCCACAAUUUUCAUCCAUUACUUAUUUAAUCACUUCACCAUUGUUUAAAGAUGUCAAAUGUUACCAACGGUAAAGUCAGCUGCCUCACUGGAGUCACUGAGAUAGUGCGAUGCGUGCUGCGCUAAGAAGUAUAAUUUAUUAAUUAACCUACAUUUGCACAUAUGACGUAUGCAGCAUGGCCUAGCCAGUAGGUUAAUUUAAAUUAAAACCAAUAAGUAACAUAUAUUUCUUUGUUUUUUUCAACAAGAUCUGUUCCCCUAAAAACGGAAAAAAUACGUAAAUAUUAUUAAUUUAUUAACUUCACGAAGUUAAACCACAUAACAAUGAUCAGCUUUAAUUAAGUUUUGUAAAAGGCAAAAGCAUAAACAGUAAACAGUACUUCGAUACUGACAGAAUGUUACGAUUCAGUGAUUCGAUUCCUUUGUGUCUCGGCACGCGCGAUCUAUGAUAAAUGGUGGCCUGUCACGGUAGCCUACAACUCACGUAGUUUCGGUUCCCUACCACGUUCGUGCAACUUCGGAUUUCUCUCAAAAAUUGAAAUUAAAAAAAAAUCGAAGGGUUAGGUUAGGUUAUGUUAGGUCAGUCACAACAUGCUUUUUUUCAUUGGAAACUUCUGAUUUAGCGGCUGAAGUGGCGUUAAACCCAAAAUGCAAAACUUCGGAAAUCUUCGGAAAUUCUUGCAGGGAACCGAAACUAUGUGAGUUGUAGGCUUCCCGGCGUGUCAACUGGUCUAUACGUCCGGCACCGCUAAAAUAUUUUUAUGUCGUGAAUGUUUUAAUGUUGGUUAUUCUGCUAACAGAAGACUGUUACUGAAUGGCGAUCUUUGUAAAUGUAUGGUUGAACAAGGAACUAUUUUAACUGUUAACAGAAAAUUGUGCGUUGAUGGUUGUAAAAUUCAUUUUUAAUAUGUGUUAUUUAUUUUUCAAAACAAAUAAACCAACAUUUUUUUCCCGUGCAACGUGAGAAAUGGUCAUGAGUAAUAUGCCGUAAGUAGGCAGAAAUAAAAAUGUUUGAGCAGAUUGUUAAACUAUUUCAUAAACAAGCAGUUUUCGUAAAUGAUAUAUGUGCUUUUAAAUCAUAUACUUUAGUAAUUGAUAUUGAAUACUAGUCUAUAUAUAUAUUUUUUUUAAAUUUUUAUCGUGAAUAUUAGUAAUCGAAUUUAUGUUUAUAAACUUUGUCAGGUAUUUAUGUAAGCGAGAUUUGGUUUUACUUCUUUAUGAAUUUUUACAAUGUACAUGCAGAGCUAAACAAAAAUUGACAGGAUGAAAAAAAUGUUCAUACAAAUAAAAACAUUUAUUUGUAAUUAUUAGUAAUAUAAAUUGUUUAUAAACUAUUUAAAGUGUAUUUAUAUAGGUAAGGUUAUGUUCCUGUAUGUAUAAUUUAUUUGCAUUAUAAAUUAUUACAUUAUUAUUUCAUUAUUUGAUGAAUAAUCAUUCAGCAUAUUUUGUGAUUUUCAUUAUUAAAAUAUCUUGAUUAUUUUACUAAAUGAAAUAAUUUAUUUUAUACACAUGUUUAUCUUAAUAUUGAAUACUGAGUAUUUAUUUAAUUUUUUGAUUUGAUGGAAUUUAUACUUUACAAACUGUAUUUAUAAUAUCACUCCAGAUCUUUCAUUAUCUUAUUUUUAUUAAUUAUUGCAUGCAAAAUUAAAGUUAGUGUUUACUAUGCAAAGUAUAACUUCUAACGCGCAUCCAUACGUACGCUCAAAUUUUAUUUUAUUUUCUUCCCUAACUGCAAGUCUUUGUGAGAGGUGGAGGAAAACUUCAUAGCUUUUUAAUAACCAUUUAUUGGUUGGGAAGACCCUUUUGUAAUAAAUUAUUUUUUUUUAUACCUCAUGUUUUGAAGAUAUUGUAUUUUAAAACGAGUGUGUGUUAAUAAAAGCAUCCAAAUAGGAAAUAUUUUUUAAAGUUUAUUUACUUAUUCUCAAGAAGCUGCUAAAAAUAUUGCAAACUGUAUGUGUGUGUAAAGAAUAUAAGACUUUAUGCAAGAAAGUGUAAAAUGAAGAGGUAUAUGCUAAGUGUAAAAUGG